AACUUAUCUCUAAUCCUAAAGAAGAUCCAAAUUGGAUCCAAAUUUAUCAGCUUGCCUCAUUGAUUGACCUCCACCCAUCACCCUUUACAUGACCUGGAUAACAAACUUGGAGUUGGAAGAGCAAACAUGAGGAAGCAUUGCGGUACCGUCUAUCCGCCUAUUUGGAGCACCCUUCUUCUGCCGUUGCUGUUCCUUGUUGUAUUCGAAGGUCAAAAUGGAGUGUUGGCCUUUUCGCCGUUGCAUCCGGGUGCCAACAACUUGUUGUAUGGUCGUCAUCCCUGCAACAUACCCAACCGAUUAUUACCUUUGGGCAACAACCUUCCUUGCAGAGCCAAAGGCUGUGCAGCUCUUUCCGACUCGUAUAGAAUACGUGGUGCCAGCUCCCGACAGACAACCGCUCUGUCUGCCAUUCCAAUUCGCAUGGCAUCCUCCACUCUCAAGACUCUGCACGGAGACUCUACGUUUGUCUUGACAGCCAUCCUUUGGCUCUCGACCUUUGGAAUUUCUCUGGAGAAACGAACCACACUUGGAAAAGCGCUCUCGGCACCACUAGCCACCAUGGCAUUGGCAUUGACAGUGGCCAAUCUCGGCAUUAUCCCAUUUGAAUCUCCCAUUUACGCCAUGACCAAUCGCUACUUGAUCCCGUUGGCAGUUCCCAUGCUCUUGUUUGAUUCCGACUUGAAACGAGUCGUGACCGACACGGGGUCCUUGUUGCUGGCGUUUGGCGUGGGAGCCGUGGCGACCGUCGUAGGCACACUGGUGGCAUUUCCCUUGUUGCCACUCACGUCCAUGGGUCCCAAUGUCGGUUGGCGUGUAGCGUGUGCCUUGGCAGCGCGACACAUUGGUGGAGCCAUUAAUUUUGUCGCCGUGGCAGAAACGUUGAACAUUAGUGGAUCGGCCGUCUCGGCUGCCAUUGCCGCGGACAAUGUCGUGGUGGCACUCUAUUUUGCAUUUCUGUUUGCCAUGUCUCCAGAAGGAGAAGACGACGACGACAAUGAAAGUGACAAUACACAAACAGAACAACCACAAUCCACAGAUGCCAUCAGUGUUGUAGACCCCGAAUCCGUCAGCGACACGUCAUCCUCCAGCGGCAGUAGCAAUAUCAAUCUAUCCACACUGGCCGUGGCCAUUUCCGUUGCAUCCACAUUGGUGGCGGGGGGUCGUGGCAUCACCCGUUGGAUCCUUCCUCCCGGCACAUCGGCACUUCCCAUGAUUUCUCUAUUGACAGUCAUCGCUGCCACCCUCCGACCAAACUUUUUUGCCCGCAUUCGAUCCGCCGGUACAGCCUUGGGCAUUGUCUUUAUUCAAAUGUUCUUUGCCACAUCGGGGGCGGCCGGGUCUUUGCGCCUCGUCUUGCAACAAGCGCCCAGUUUGUUUGUCUUUAGUGCCCUGCAAAUUGCCGUCCAUUAUGUGGUUCUGGUAACGCUGGGGCGAGGACUGUUCCGAUUGCCCUUUCGGGAACUUCAUUUGGCUAGUAAUGCCAACGUGGGAGGUCCCACGACCGCCGCGGCAAUGGCACAAGCCAAGCAAUGGAAACGGUUGGUACUGCCAGCCUUGUUGGUGGGUAUUUUGGGGUAUGCCACGGCUACAGCCAUUGCACUGUCUCUGGGACCAAUACUAUUGAAACUGCCCACUCGAUGAAAACAACAACGAAACAAUGGGAACCAGCAUUUUGACUUGCAGCUGAUUCUAAAACAUAGCCAUUGACUUUUUUCAAUUCGUUA